UGCUUUCGGGUCAUCGUACGUGUAAACGCAGACAACAGUACGACAUCGGAGGGGGAGAGAAUAAUGGAGGAGGACUUGGAAAACUUCUUGCGAUCAAGAAAUGUCGCUCAGGUGGACAUUACGCGCAUGAAAAGCGACAAGGUUGACAUGGAGGUAAUUUCUCUGAUGACUGAAGAGCAAAUGGGCAAAUAUAUCACUUCCUAUGGUGAUCGAAUAGCUGUCCUUUGCUUUUGUCAACAAAAAAUGUCCAGGGGUGAUAAUGAAAUGCUCCUCCAAAGACUGAGAGACAAAAUAAGAUCGAGGAAAAAAGGUGUACUGGGUGGAUCUCCAAGUGUGCUACAAAACCCUGAUGAGAGAAUGGCAAGAUUUAAAAAUGUUUCUGCUGAAAAGCCUAACAGGAAGAUUGAAAUUGGGUGGCUCCAUUUUGAUAGAAAUGAAUUCUAUCAAGUGAGGACAAGCAAUGGUGGAGGAACAAGGCAUGCCAACAUGAGAAAAACAGCUACUGUGGCUCAGAUUUUGGAGUUGGGAAAAGAGCUAUUUUUCCCAGAUGGAAGCUCAAAAAAAGGACCAGUUGGUGACUUUACUUUUGAGGUCUGCGAUUUUAAAAGAAAUCCGAUUGCUCUCGAUGAAACGGUUGGCAGACUCUACGAAAAGACCAAAUUGAAGCUUCUUAGAUUUUACAUUUCCACAAAACAAAAUCCUCCAACAUGUCAACCGGGUGAAUGCAGUGAAGCUCCUUUAUCUGUUCCCAACGUGGUGGGAGAAAGUUCACAGAGUCUUGAAGAUGGAUCUCAUCUUGAUGCAAAUGAUGGACACUCGUCUGACAGUGACAUCGGAGAACAGAGUCUGCAUUUGCAAGCAAGAUUCAAAAAACAAAAAGGAAUUACGGAGACUGGAACAGCAGAAGGGGCAGGAAAACCCCAACCGUCUCAUUCAACGCCAACAACAAAUAAUGAAACAGACAUUGGCGAGGGGCAGGACAUCAACAAAAAUGAACAGGAUGCCGUUUGGAUUAAUCUGCCAAAUUCCAAAGAUUUCUCUGACGCUUGCUUUGACAUUAUUGACCUAAACAGAGCAGUUCCCAAUGCCUCCUCACAAACAGAGAUGGAGUGCAUCUGUUAUGACACAUUUGAAGAAGCAGAUACAGUUGUAUGGGAUCCAGAUGACAGCCUUGUUAUAAUAGAUCAGGAUGAGGCGGCAGUAACCAUUGGGAGUACUGAGAUGUAUGGAGGGACUGAACAGGCUUCACAACUCCCGUUACCUUCUGACAAUGAACUGGCUUCACAAGUUGUACAGUCCCUACAAGAGGAGGGACCACAGACUGCACAGGACAGUGGAACACAUCGUUUACCGCAAGACUUGUUCUCAAUUUCAAGCAGUCCGCUAUCCCCUUCAACCUCACCGAACAAUCUAGGAGAUCCAAGGACACCAUGGCGUGCAGCCAUUUGUAGGAUCAAGGUUGUUGAUGAUCUUUUGUCUGUGUUUAUGGACUGCAGCAUAAUGGAAUUCAAUUUAAAGAUUAAGUUUGUAAAUGAAAACGCUAUUGACGAUGCUGGUGUGUCAAGGGAGGCUUACAGUGCAUUCUGGGAACAAUUUCUUGAACAGUGUGAAGGGGAAACAGAGCGGGUUCCAAGGCUCAGGCCAGAUUUCUGUGAGGCUGAAUGGCAAGCGGUUGGGCGGAUCUGGGUGAAAGGAUUAUUAGACCAUGGUGUCAUGCCAGUGAGGCUAUCAAAGGCUUUCGUGUUAGCUUGCAUCCAUGGCAUUGACUCAGUUGAUCGAGACAUCCUAAUUUCAUCAUUCCUUAACUACCUUCCUCCCAUUGAGAGGUCAGCAGUUGAGAAGGGCCUCCAGGGCACAAUGGAGGAAAGUGAUGAAGAGGACUUGCUUGACAUAUUUACAAGGAUGGGUUCCCACUGCCUCCCGCCAAAGAAUAUCUUACAGCCUUCCAUUGAAACAAUGGCUCAUAAAGCCCUUCUACAAGAGCCCAAAUAUAUUCUUGAUUGUUUCGCCACAAUAUUGCAUCUUGUGCAUUACAAAUUACCGGACAAGGAAAGUGUGUUGUCCUUGUAUGAUUCAAAGAAGGCCACAGGCAAAAGAGUGUUGCAACUGCUUGAAACAACCAAGACGGUGUUGUCUCAGGGGGAGCAAGCAACCUUUAACUAUCUUCAACGUUAUGUGAAAAAUGCUGAUCAAACCAAAGCUGAAAAAAUCCUGCGUUUCUGGACUGGUUCCUCUGUCAUCUGUGUUGACAAAAUUCUCGUAUGCUUCAAUGGUGAAAGUGGACUCAACAGAAGGCCUGUUGCCCAUACCUGUGGAGCCACACUUGAAGUACCAUGUACAUACAGCUCUUACCCUGAAUUCCGCACAGAGUUUGACAAUAUUUUGUCCAGUAACCACUUAGAAAUGGACAUCCUCUAAACCUGACAACUCUCCUGAUCAGGCCUAUAUAUUUAUGUGCAUGCGAGUGUGUAUGUAUACACACACACACACACAUUUUAUAUA